AUGGCUGAUAUCCGGCGCUCCGUGACGGAAGACGGUAUGGGAGAGAGUCCGAGCAUUUUGCUGACGCGAGGUAUGAUGCAUGACUCGACGUCAGAGACACGAGAGGUACAGCUUUUGGAGCAUCAGGGGUACCGCGGCAUGAAGGUGCUUUUUCUCGAAAGGCAGGAUGAUUGGUUGAUCAGCUGGAUAAGGAUGGCUCCGCGUCUGCAGCUUGCGACGCGGGCAUGGCUGGUGCGACGUAAAGUCGAUCAGCUUGUCAUUGGCUGGAGAGAGCUGCAGCUGUUGGAUGCUGUUUCAAGUCUCGAAAUUCACAUGAGAGAAAUUGUGGCAGCUACGGAGAGGUGUAAGCAACAGCUCUGCAAAGAGGCCAGCUCUGGUUGCAAGCUGUGGACAAGUGCCGCAAACAAACAAUGGAAACGAAUGAAACACAGCCCGAUAGCAACGAUGGGCUGA